AUGGGCAUCGCCGAAGGAAUGGUCGCAAUACCUUAUGAGAAUACCUACGGCGAGUACAGCAGGACAUACCAGUUUUUGAAGUAUUAUUUAUGGACUGGCUCCUGUGCAAAUGUGACAUGUCCCAGUGCCAUGACAGAUGGUGCAGCAAGAUUGCUUUCGAUACAGCUAGAUUGUCCUGAAGAGGCCAUGGACUUUAGUAGAGUGACGCUGCAAAAGGCCUAUGAACAUCUGACAUCAAGAGACCCCAAACAAGCCUGGACCUCUGGACAAUGGAUGACAGAGCGUAUUGGCGGCUCGAAUGUUCGCAAUUUAGAGACUGUAGCACACCUUUCGCCAUUGCUUGAGAACGAAAGAGAGGCAAUAGACUCGGACGAAAAUAUUCUGGGACCAUGGGUUCUUGAUGGUUUCAAGUGGUUCUCAAGUGCAACCGACGCGAGCAUGGCAAUUAUUUUGGCCAAAACGUCCGAAAAAGAAUUAUCGAUUUUUUAUGCACCUUUAAGACGCAAAGCACGCGUUGCCUAUAACGACCUCAAUACUCCCAAAGAAGUCCUCAACGGCAUAGCAAUUCAGCGCUUGAAAUCUAAGCUAGGCACACGUCCAUUACCUACGGCUGAACUAUCGUUAAGAGGCACAAGAGCACAUCUCAUCGGCAAGAAAGGCCAAGGUAGCAAGGAAAUGAGCACCGUUUUAAAUAUCACCCGAAUACACAACGCGGUCACAGCCUGUGGCUUUCUAGGACGGGGCAUAGCAAUCAGUCGUGCCUUUACACGUGUUCGGCGUGUGCGAGGUACCCUACUCAUGGAUAUACCCGCACACAUUCGUACAUUAGCGGCUUUACACGUAGAACACCAUGCUUAUAUGCAGCUCACCUUCUUUGUUGUAACGUUAUUGGGAAUGGUGGAGUCAGAAAACGGCAGGGGGAAGCCAACUACCCCGAACCAAACGAAAGGCCAAAUCCCAUAUCUCAAGGGAUGUGACGACGUCGGUAUACUGCUUCGCAUCCUCACACCCGUCACCAAGGCCUUGACAGCUAAGGCCUCUGUUUCAGGACUUGCUGAGUGCAUGGAAUCUCUUGGAGGUAUUGGGUACCUCGAUUCCUCUUCGGCAUCAGAUAUGGAGACAAACAUCGCUCGUCUCUACAGAGACGCAAAUGUACUCAGCAUAUGGGAAGGAACAACACAGGUCAUGGCUGAAGAUGCCGUUCGGGUGCUCAAGGGGCCUCUCAGCACACAGGCUUUGGACCAAUUGGACAAGUGGGUCAAGACCCAGCUUCAACAGGCUAGUGAAUGUAUACCGUCUCUAACAAGCGGACGAAUUGAAGAAACGUGGAAUAACCUCUGCAACUACAUACGACUAAUGAAUACCGAGCACCUAGUCAUUGUUGGGAGAGACAUUGCCCAACAACUGGGAUGGAUUAUUUGUGCAGUACUUUUAUACGGUGACAUAAGACAAGGUGGCGACGAGACUUCACGCUUAGUCGCAGAACGAUGGACUGAGAAGAGACAGCACAGAACACUUGCUCACACGAACAUUACCGAAUUGGUUGCGCAAGAUAAGAUUCUUGCUUUUGGUCAGGAGAAGCCUACACGAGAUGCCAAGCUGUAA